UGUUUGUUUAUUUUGCUGGGCAAAAUAUCGAAAGGAAGUGUGUAAAGUCGUAUUCAUAAUCAACUAGAUUUUAUUAAAUACCAGCUCAGAAUAGAAACCUAGAUAGUGAAUUUGUUAUUAUUGAGAAAAGAAUUCCCAAAAAGUAACAAUGGAAAGAGCUCAAGCGUUUAUGGAGAACUUCAUAGGUAACUGGAAUGGAGACUUCCCAAACUAUCCGCUGACGGCUGAGGACCUGAAGAAGCCUCAUGCAGUGAUGGGAGCCUUGCUACAAGUGCUUGACAGACUGGGUAUUGAUACAGAUGUAGUUCUUGCUCCACCUCCAAAAGAAGACCGCAAUGAAAACACAAUAUACUACUGGGACCUGCUUCCCGUAAUCAACAUGACUAGAGUCAUAAACCACCUCGUCUCCGUAAUGCCACAAGUAGAGGCUACGAUCAGCAUCGUACAUUUCCUCCAACCUACGGCUACUACGUCACACUCCAUACUGCUGUUGCUGUUCAAUCUGAUGGUGUUUAAUGAGGAGAAGAUGAGGAAUAUUGCUCCGUAUGAAGAGGAGCUGUUUGCGAAGACUGGUGAGGUAAAAGCUUUAGAGGAAAAGAAGAAUAGACUGCUGGAAAUGCUAAAUGAACAAGCUGAAGAAAAAGGAAAACGAGCUGGAAGGCUGGAAAAGCUUGACCAUGACAUUAAAGUGUUUGAAGAAGAAUUGAAACAAGAGAAAGAGAUACAUGAUGAAGAGAAACUGGAGUUGGAAGCUAUACAGAAGGAGAACAAGCAGACUGAGAUGAUUAUAGAACAAAAGAAGAGUCAUAGAGAUGCGCUGAUGGCUGAAGUAGCUAGGAAAAGAGCACUUAGAGUGUACGACGCUGACGACAUCAAGGCCCAAGCAGAACAAGCGACACAGAACCUUCAAGAGUUGGAAGAGAAACUGGACUCCCUCCGAGCUAUCCUGAUGCAGAAGGAGAACAGCCUCAAGAACCUGCAAACCAUCAAACCUAACUUGGACUCUGCAAACAAUUUGUUGCACGAGAUCAUGAAGCUUUCUGAUAGUUUGAAGGACUUUGAGAACGGAGACUUAGACACAGACAGUAAGGAGGGCGAGCUAGAUGUGCUGAACACGGAGCUGGGCGAGCUGCAGGCACAACUGUCCGAGCUGCAGGCUGCGCGGGACGACGCGGCCAGGAAGAGGGCGGAGAGCCAGGCCAAGAGGCAGCAGGAGAGGACUGUGGCGCAUAGUUCGUUAAGAGAGGCUGAAGAAAAAGACAAGAAGCUUCGAGAGCGAUCAAAGAAGGCCCUGCAAAGGACAGAGGAAAUCAAGGAGUUGACUACUAAGUAUGAAAAUGAGAAGACUGCCGGGAUCGAGCAGUUGGCGACUAUUAAGAAUAAUUUCUGUACUGAGCUCAAAACCAUGGAAGAAUUAUUGUUAAAGAAAGUUGUGGAAGCUGAGAAGAAGGUUGAAGAAAAAUUAAAGAAUAGACAUGUAUGAAGCCUUUAAAACUAAAAGCUAGUUACUCAAAAUAGGAUUAAAACAGUUUUAUAAAGAAAAAAACAAUUAAUUAUAUUUAAAUACUAGCUACUUCCGCGCGGUUUCACCCGCUUUGCUCGGCUCCUAUUGGUCAUAGCGCGAUGUUUUAUAGCCUAUAGCCUUCCUCGAUAAAUUGACUAUCCAACACAAAAAUAAUUAUUCAAAUCGGACCAGUAGUUCCGGAGAUUAGCGCUUUCAAACAAACAAACAAACUCUUCAGCUUUAUAAUAUUAGUAUAGAUUAAUUAAUUUGUAGACAUUCUGGUAAUGCAUUCAUUAUUUAACCAAAAAGUAAUAAUUUAUUUCUGUGUCAUAGACAACUUGUGUCUGUUCAUAAAUACUUAUAUUCUAAAAUGUUUUU